AUGGGCAAGCGCAAGUCGUCACGGAAGCCCAUGGGUCCGAAAAGGGCCGAUCCGCUACCGACCACAUUUACGUGCCUAUUCUGCAAUCACGAGAAGUCAGUCACAGUGAAGCUCGAUCGCAAAGCAGGUGUUGGCCAGUUGGAUUGCCGCAUCUGCGGCCAAAAAUUCCAGUGCGCCGUCAAUUACCUCUCGGCCGCAGUGGAUGUGUACGGAGAAUGGGUAGACGCGGCUGAGGCGGUCGCGAAAGAAGACAGCGCACGCGCUGGCUAUACGGGCACGGCAGGGGCGACGCCCUCAAGGCGAGAUCGAGAGGUGGAAGAUGCGACAAGCGACCGUGAAGAGUCUCGCCGAUACGGCGGCGAAGGCAUCGGAGCGGACGACGAAGACGAUUGA